CGCUGCGUCAGUGGUAUUGGCAUUCAGUUACCAUUGAACCGAGCGCCGGAAUGGCGAACACCCUGAGAACUCUCGACCCAAAGUUGGCGGCUCUGGCCAAGAGCGAGUGCAACGAGGAGCAGGCGCAGCGAGCGGAGAUAAUCGCCACCAUUCAGACAUGGAUCACCAAGUCGCCGCACCUCAAGGCGCCCACGGAUGAGCAGCUUAUCCUGGCCUUUCUGCGGCGUUGCCGUUUCAGCCAGGAGGAGACAAAACGGCGAUUCGACAACUACUACUCCCUGCGCAGCGUGUUCCCGGAGGUUCUGGGAUCCCGACAGGUGGACGAUGCUCUGCUCACCCAGCUGCAACGAGGAAUCCAUGUGAUACCCAUGCGACCUGUGAGUCCCGAGGGGCCAAGGGUUAUCAUCUCUCAGUUCCGAAACAUCGAUCCCAAGAAAUCGAAUCCCCGCGAGGCCUUCAAACUGGUCUUCAUCAUGUUGGAACUACUGGCUCUGGAGUGCGAUAAUGCCUCGAUUUCCGGCUUGGUCUGGGUUGUGGAUGCCAGAGAUGUUACCAUGGAGCAGAUGAUGCAGUACGAUCCCUUCCUGCUGAAGAAGGCUUUUGCGCUGGUGGACCAAUGUAUACCACUGCGAUUUGUUGAGAUUCAUAUGAUCAAUAUGCGUAAGGAGGGACAAACCAUUUUCAAUUUUGUAACGAAGUUUUUGCCCUCCAAACUGCCCUUCAAGUUCGUGGUCCACAAAAAGUCGGAGGAUCUGUACCAGCACCUGCCCAGAGAUGCGAUGACCAUCGAGUAUGGGGGCACCAAUGGCUAUCAUGCAGAGGCAGUGGAUCAUUGGCGCCAGAAGCUACUGGACAGCAAGGAUUACCUGGCCAAGGAUGCCCAGUACGGAACCAAUGAGAAACUGCGCGUCGGAUUGGCCAGUGCCUGGGCCAAUGGAGAACUGGACGGGAUGAGCGGUUCCUUCCGCAAACUGGAGCUGGAUUAAGUUAAAAGACUCUAUUC